AUGGCUGCUGUUGAACAAGUUUCUAAUGUUUUUGAUACUAUCUUAGUUUUGGACUUUGGGUCCCAAUAUUCUCAUUUGAUAACCAGAAGGUUAAGAGAAUUUAAUGUUUACGCUGAGAUGUUGCCUUGCACCCAAAAGAUUGCCGAGUUGGGUUGGAAGCCAAAGGGUGUUAUUUUGUCUGGUGGUCCUUACUCAGUGUACGCUGAGGAUGCUCCUCACGUCGACCAAGCGGUUUUCGAUUUAGGUGUCCCAGUGUUGGGUAUUUGCUAUGGUUUACAAGAAAUUGCUUGGAUCAACGGUGCUAAGGUUGCUAGAGGAGAAAAGAGGGAGUAUGGUCGUGCUACUUUGCACGUUCAAGAGGUUUCCUGCCCGCUAUUUGAAGGCGUCGACAACUCUACUGUUUGGAUGUCUCAUGGAGACAAGCUACACAUGCUACCAGAAGGUUUUAUUGUGACUGCAACUACCGAUAAUUCUCCAUUCUGUGGUGUUGCACAUGAGUCAAAACCAAUUUAUGGUAUCCAGUUCCACCCUGAAGUUACUCACUCUUCCCAAGGUAAAAUCUUGCUCAAGAACUUUGCCGUCAACAUCUGUAAAGCUAACCAAAACUGGACUAUGGAGAACUUCAUUGAAACCGAGAUUCAACGUAUUAAAACUUUGGUUGGUCCAACUGCCGAAGUUAUUGGUGCUGUUUCCGGUGGUGUUGACUCUACUGUCGCUGCCAAGUUGAUGACCGAAGCUAUUGGUGAAAGAUUCCAUGCUAUUUUGGUUGACAACGGUGUUUUGAGAUUGAACGAAGCCGCCAAUGUUAAGAAAAUUUUGGGUGAAGGUUUGGGAAUUAACUUGACUGUCGUCGACGCUGCUGACGAAUUCUUGGAUAAACUAAAAGGCGUUACUGAUCCUGAAAAGAAGAGAAAGAUCAUUGGUAACACAUUCAUCCACGUUUUUGAGAGGGAAGCCGCCAAGAUCAAACCAAAGAACGGUGAGGAAAUUGAAUUCUUGUUGCAAGGUACUUUGUAUCCUGAUGUCAUUGAGUCCAUUUCCUUCAAGGGUCCAUCACAAACCAUCAAGACCCACCACAAUGUCGGUGGUCUCUUAGAAAACAUGAAACUGAAGUUAAUUGAACCACUAAGAGAGUUAUUCAAGGACGAGGUCAGACAUUUGGGUGAAUUGUUGGGAAUUGCACACGACUUGGUUUGGAGACACCCAUUCCCAGGUCCAGGUAUUGCCAUCAGAGUUUUGGGUGAAGUUACCAGAGAGCAAGUCGAAAUUGCUAGACAGGCUGACCACAUCUACAUUGAGGAAAUUAAGAAGGCAGGUCUUUACAACAAAAUCUCACAAGCUUUUGCAUGUUUGCUUCCAGUAAAGUCUGUUGGUGUGAUGGGUGACCAAAGAACCUAUGAUCAAGUCAUUGCCUUGAGAGCAAUUGAGACAACUGAUUUCAUGACUGCUGACUGGUAUCCAUUUGAACAUGAUUUCUUGAAGGCAGUGGCAUCUAGAAUUGUGAACGAAGUUAACGGUGUUGCCAGAGUGACUUACGAUAUCACAUCUAAGCCACCUGCUACUGUCGAAUGGGAAUAA